CACCCCGACCAAUCAACUGAACGCUCUCAUUUUGCUGUAGCAACAGCCGUUGCCAGGUACUCCAUGAAGGUUUGCUGAUCACGAAAGGUGUGUUUACAUCAACGGAAGAAAGAUGGCUAAGAUAGUUCAGGGUCCACCUCGUUUCACUCAUCCUGAGUGGACAACAUCCAACUUAACACACUAUGCAAAUGCAGAAUCAGAGAGAGCUGCAGCAGAAAGACUGGUGGAGGAGUCUAAACGCUUAACUGAUGAAACAGCAAAACGCACUGAUAAGACACAGAGAGAUGUGGAAAAAAAAUUCGAACAGAGAAUUGAUGACAUCAAAUACUGGAAGAAGGAGUUGGACGAUAAGCUUAGCAGUUUGGUCACAGAAAUUGACAGUCUUAUUGCCUUUAAGGCCAGAGUAGAGAAGGCUUUAGAAGCCACUGCUGAGCCCCUCCACAUAGCCAAGCAGUGCUUACUGAACAGGGAGAAGAGAACCUCCAUUGACUUGGUCCAUGACGAUGUACAAAAGGAGCUGAUCAAAGAAGUAGAAGCAAUAGAAGGUGUCCAAGCCCUCCUUAACAGAACUCUACAACAAACCACUGAACAAAUAAGAUUAAACAGGAAAGCUAAAUAUCAACUAGAAAAAGAUUUGAAAGAUAAGUUUGGAGCUCUGUCAAUUGAUGAAUACUGUGCAGAAAUAAGAAACAAUUCAGCAGGAUUAAAGUUCAAAGAUGGCGCUGCCAAAAUUGAAUCAAACUCUGUGUGCCCCGAAGAUUGGCAAGAUUUCUCUGAUGCUAACAUCCAGAAUGCGGAGAGAGAACGCCAGAGUUCUGUGGAGCUUAGGACCCUGAUUGAUGGAAUCUUGCAACAAACCUCCAAUGACAUGCGCAAACAGUGCAGUGAUGUCAAUGUGGCUUUCAAUAAAAGAAUUUCCGAAACAAAAGACACCAAGAGCAAGCUGGAGGACCAUCUUAAUAAGGUUGUUGGACAAAUUAAGGAGAUUGAGGAGAAUAUUGCCCGUUUGAAGAAGGCUAUUGAUGACAAGGUCCUGCCUAUGCAGCUGGCUCAGACCCGACUGGACACACGAACAAACCGCCCCAACGUAGAACUGUGUCGUGACCCAGUCCAGUACAGACUCAUUGAAGAGGUGGGAGAAAUCGAGUCCUCUGCGUCUCAGCUCCAGGAGAGACUCAAGCAGACUGAGGACUCCCUUAAAGGACUCAUCCGCAACCAGCUAGCUCUGGAAGAGGAUAUUGGGGUCAAGGCCAAUACGUUGUUCAUUGAUGAGGUGGAGUGCAUGGGGAUGAGGAAGAGCAUAAACAUCCAGAAUUUCUAACACUACCCUACAACCUAACACAGUAUAUCUGUCUGAUUGAAUCUGUACUUAGUUACCAUUUAUCAAGCGAUCCGUUAUCCAGCCACUGUUAUGUGAGACAAUAAGUUUAUAGGUAUUCUGAUUUUUUUCUUUAAGUAAACACUACAUGUGCCUGCCUAUACACAGAGUACACACCACUUUUCAUAUCAUUGUUUUCAUUGUGGUCUACUUACAGUAGAAAUGGACUUAAAAUUGUUGAUUUUAAUGAGUAUUAAGAUAUUUCAUUGUUUUAUAAAUACUAUUUUUAAAUAUUACUUUGUGUAAUAUAUGAGAUGAAAGUGAAAUAAAGUUAUAUGUUUAAA